AUGAAACCGGCCGUUCCCGUACUGGAUUGUUCAACCUGGAUUAAAAUGAAAAAUUAUCCAUUUCUAUCGUGGAUUUUAUCUCUGCAUAAAGAUAAAAUAAAAAAUCGAGAUCAAUUAAUCAUUGUAGCACACUAUUGUUUUAUUCGGCAUGGUUUUAUUAUCGAUAACGGAAAUGAAAUCAGUGGUAAAGAAUCAAAAAUUCCAAUACCAGUUGAAGCUUAUUUUGUUAAUAAUCGAUUAAUGAAUGUUGACGAUUUAUUAGAAAAAAUACAAAAACGGACAAAAGAAAUUAUAAAAUAUCGUAAAUCACAAAAAAAAAUAACUAAGCAGUGUGUUAUGCCCUGGAUGCUAUUGUUAGCUAUUCAAUCAUGUAUUAAACAUACUCAGAAAACAUAUCAACAGCUUGUACCAUAUCAUAUUAGAUUUUUAUUUGUAUUAUAA